AUGAAGAUUUUCGGUAUCUAUUAUGAUAAGGGCGAUGACGAAUCUAGUAAAAGUGCGACUUGGCCGACGCUAGGUAAAUUCCACAAAUUAUACUGUGUCGCUGUUAUUGUGUUGGUUUGGAUUAAUGUAUUGAGAUAUAUUCCGUCGUUUUGGGUUGGAUUUGAUUAUCACCCCAACCAAACAGUUAACAGAGUCAUCAAGCAAACGUGGCUUAUACAAUGCGCCAUCACUGUUUCUAUAUUACUAUGGCACUGUCGGAAAGGAACUUGGAAUUGCUUCUAUAAAAAUUGGUACCAGAUGAUUAUGGAUGAGAGUUGUUCAAAUUACAUCAACAAGAAAACAAAUCAGAUGAGAAGAAUAUGUAAACUAUUUCUCUUUGCCCAUUCGCCAUUAGAAAAUAUCUAUGAUCUGCAGACACAUGGACUGACAACAGAACAAUUGGGCGAAUUGACGUUAUUUCUGUCUAAAUUAACUGGUACAUCAAUAGGUUUUACAGCCAUGGGAUUUUUUACUAUCACAAAAGAAGUUAUUUUAACGAUUGGUGGUUUAUAUCUGACCUACGUGUUUCUGUUGUUGCAAUACAACAUCAACUAGACAGAUCAUAUAAAGGAAAUGGUAUUACACCAAUGGCAUUUCAACAAACGUGCAAGACCAACCUUGUAUAUGUAUAUCAGCAUGUGGAGAAGCAAUUGGAUUAAUGUCGAUUAAUUGUUUGUGGCUAUAAAAGAGCACUCGGCCGUCCAUUACACUUUCUGAAAGGCAUUAACUCAUCUAUGGCAAGGUUUGGGCGAAUUUGUGUUGCAUUUGUCAGCACAAGAAGUUCCACAAGAUAUUGGACUUAUAAAAUCUAAGUACAUUCCACAAGAUUUUUAACUUUUGAUAAUGUUUUGGGUCUCGGGUGUUAUUUUACAAGAUA